AAGAGCGCGGUCACCCAAGAGUUGGAGGUAGAGAGCCCCUCUCACUUGCCAAGCGCCACCCGCACUUUUGGCAAGCCCCGCCGGCUCCCCACCCGGUGAGCCUGCUUGGUGGGAGGAGCAUUGGAGGGGGGACCUUCCCGUAAGGCUCUCCCCUUGCAGCGUUGCUCCCCCGGACCACCCCUCCGACGGGAAGAGAGUCGGGGCUGUGGGACAAACCACGGGUGGACCCGACUCCCCAGAGAGGCAGGGCGGUCCAGGGGCGCAGCUGCAAUGGGGAGCUCACCCAGGGACACGUCCCCCACAAGCGCCUCCCGCAGACUAAAAAAAUUGCGGAACGGAACUUGUACUAGGCAACUUUGUCCCCCUAACCACUAAAUGUGGCCACUUUUGCAAGAAAAUAGUUCAAUGACCGGACUUGAAACUGGUCAAAUCAGCCUAUUUUUUGGUAGUAGGGCAGUAUGAUCUUGCAUUUAGUGCAUUAAAAGUUUCAAAAAGGUCAGUGGGGGUUUUCAAAAGGAGAGGUGGCUUAUAGCUGAUAUGCCAAUAUCUACAUGUCCACAUGUUCCGUGUUUACAAUUGUUACAAAUAAUUCAAUUAAUUUUUUCAAUGUUGUUGGAAGUGGGAAAAUAUCGAUUCUUAUAGUUUUUUGGUCGCUGAUUUCGAAUCUGAAGUCAGUUUUUCGAUUGCGACAUCAUGGGAAGGAGGAUAUGGACGAGAAGUUUUCCUAAAAUUUCGCACUAAAUUAGGUGCAUAUAUUAUUUCUUUUGUCAUGUCAUAUAAUCCAAUUUAAAACAUUCUGGAUCAGUGUGAAGGGCCAAUCGACGGGCGUAUACACUAUACUUGAAGUGAGUUAGUUAUGUGCUGUGCGAAUGGAGCUAAACUCACGAGAAACCCUAGUCUCAGCACAAGGUACUUCAGGAGGCCGUAGGUUUAAGCUCCACCCGCACAGUACAUAACUCGUUCACUUUAUGUAUAGUAACGAUAUAAUCUGACGUAAAUCUAAGAUUCCCCCGCAUGACAUAAAGGAACACAAAGAACAUACUGUACUGUACUAUUUUUGAUUCACCGACAAAAUUCAUAUAAUUCUACAGUAUUUGUCAAUCUUCCCGUCACAAUAUGAGGCUUAUUUUUACAAAAUGAACGAACCAUCAGCAAAUGGUAUCUAUUUAUUAUUGCGUUUCAUUGAUUUGAUCAUAACUUGUUUUAAAUACUGUUGAAUGAAACCAGCAAGCUUCACUGCAGGGCGGCCAUGAAGGAGCACCGUUCGUUUCCUGGAUAAGAUCGAUACAACAAUUGACUAGGUGACUUGGUUGUCCAGAUACUCACAAUGGAGAACUCGGAGAACACGUCAAUGGAGGAAGAUGGCCAACUUGUUCUUUACUCUGGUUCUUCAGGAUUAGACCCAAGUCCAAGUUCCAAUAAUUCCAAUUCUAAUGAGACGAUGAGCAAUGAUAGCCCAGAUUUUGAAACGGAAAUGGACGGAGAUAACGCUGGGGAAGAGGACGAUGAUAACGAAGAAGAUGGUAAUGAUGAUGAGGUGGAGGAAGAAGAGGAACGAGUCGAAUAUUCAGGAUCUGUUGAGUUAAGUGCAGAAAGUAUCCAGGCCAUGGCACAAAGUAUUGGCGUAAAUUUGUCUGAAGAGGUUUCAAUAGCUCUUGGAGAUCUCGCAUUGAAAAAACUAAGGGCUGCAACAUUGCUUGCUAUUGGAUUUGCGGACCAUGAAACUGCUCCAGGUCUAAGAACAUCGGACUUUUCCAAGGCCGAGCAAGUUUAUCAAUCACCCAGUUUCGGUCACCGAUCCUCUCAAGCCGAACCACCAGUUCGACCAAUUGACCCAGGAAACUUUUGCAUUGCAGACGAAGGACCAGAAAUCGACUUGUAUACAACACUAUCCUCCCCAAAUAUAUCAGAAUUCAUAAUGCGGAGAUUGGAUCCCGAAUUUUACGUUCAUCAAGCUGUUGUAAAUAGCAGAUUCGCUGUUCUUAGCUCUUCUGAUGAUGACGAAGAAGAGGAAGGGGAGGAAGAAGGAGUGGAGGAUGAGGAUGAAGAAGAGAACGACGACGACGACGACGACGAGGACAACGAUGAGGAAGAAGAGGAUACAGAGUUCGAGGAACAAGUUUUACCCAAACUGGAUUUAGAAGAUAUCAACGACCAUGGUGAAAUAAGCAAAAAUGUUGACAGUGAUGCUGGAAACGCUUCAGGAUCGCCCUCAAACAAUACCAUGGAUGCUGCAAUUGUCGUUGGAAACGGUCCAACGUUGAAUUCACCUCCCGAAGUAACUGCUGAUGAAGGGUUGCAACUGUUGCAAGAGAACGAACAAUUAGCAUUGGAGGCGUCCUCCAAUGCCAAAGUUUUUUUAGAUACACAAUACAUGCAAUUGGACGAAGAUUGGUUAGAAUAUAUGCGCGUGUUUGUUAGUUGUUUUCUGGACACUAAACAUGUUGAAUUGCCGACGGUGACGGAUGACGAUGCCCUAGUAGAUGAAAACCAGGAUGUUGAUUUAGACAAUGAAAAUACAUUUCAAUGUAUCAUAGAAGAUUUAACUAGUAACUCUGCAUUUCCGGUCGCAGACGUGAUUUGCGAUUUCUUCUGUGAUCACCUCAAUGGUCUCUUUACACAAGUGUCUUCAACUGCCUUGCAUAGGAUGGUCACCGUUGUGGAUGCAUUUUUAUGCGGUUCGCGUAUCCCCUCAACGACUUUUAUGAGGAAAAUGUCGUCAGUUUUAAUCGAAAUAUUGGUUCGUCCCCCUGAAUAUGACGUUCAACCUAUGCUUGUUCAAGUUUUUAUGAAGAUUCUGAAGAACUACGACGAACUUCUUACAUGGACAUGCACAUAUAUCACGGAAGUACUGAAAAGAACCUCGGAAAUGGCUGUCGAACUUUUAAGCAACGAGUACAAGUGUCUUCUUCAUGGUGCGCUACUAUUGGCAAACGGAUUGGAGGUGUUGGAUAUCAAAAUAGCGCAUGAGUUUGGCUGGGACUCUAGUAUCACGGACAUUAAGCGAGUUCAUUUUAACGUUAAAAAAGAAAACAUUGAAUUGUCAAACGCUAUUGAUGAAUAUUUGGAGGAAGAGUUUAACAAAUUUGAAAAAUCUAAUAACAAUGGGAGCUGACGGCGACAGAGUUAGACAUGGAGUCUAUGGAGUUCUGUGUUAUUUUUUAAUCGAUAACAAUUUACUAUGAUUUUUAAAAUAAUUUAUAUUAACCUAUGCAAAAUUUGUAUCUACAUGCAUUCUAUAAUUAGAAAUAUUUUCUACGACUGCAUGGUGAAGGCUUACAUGUUGUGUAUUUAUUGCAUACCAUAAUGCGCGACUUGAUAAAAUAACAAUAUAUUAAAGAAUAUUAGUGGGUCAAUUA